AUGCUGACGGAGACGUCGACAUCCUACCGAAUUGCAAUGGAGACGUCGACCGAGGAGAUAGUUGGGAUUUCCAGCGAAUUGGUCUAUUUCCUCUCUAGGGAAUACCCCGAAUUGUUGGGAUUGGAUGAACGUUGGGACGGCGGCCACAAGAAGGCCUCACUGGCCACGGGUGGGGGCUUCAGCGUCGUAGGCCGAAAGAAGCAGCAGCAGCUCCGACAGCCUCGAGCGGGGAGCCUUCUCUGCAGUGUCCAUCUCCGCCAAGAUUCUCUGCUUCCUCUUAGCCGGGAUUGGGGCGGUUGGGCCGAAGCUAAUGUAGUGUCCCGAAACAGCAUUUAG